GUGUUAUUUAACUGAAAACCAAAUGCAUGAUUUCCCUCCACUCCUUUCCUCUCCUCUCUGAGUAUCUUCAAAUUUCAUCAUGCAAGCUUGAAAUCAAGUCCAAGCAUUAUAGAGUUUGACCAAUAUGCAGUGUUACUACCGGAGAAAUGUACCUGAAAAAUCUCUCUUUAGUCUGUAAACUGUAUCGACUCAUUAUUACACCUCUCAAAUGUUUUCAUACCAACUCCCGUCACAAUCCAGCAUUCCAACUUCCCUCAUUCUUGCAGUCUUCUUCUAUUGCUUUAAAUCUUCAUCAAGGCAAACAGGUUCACGCCCAGCUCAUCCUCAAUGGAAUUACUACUGCCAAUCCUCUCCUUUUGGCUAUGUAUCUUCGUGUUGGUAGCUUUACAGAUGCCAAGAACCUAUUUUAUCGGAUGGAUUUAGGCUGUAUAAAGCGUUGGAAUUUGAUGAUUAGAGGAUUAGUUAAAAUGGGUAGCUUUCAUUUUGCCUUGAUGUUUUAUUUUAAGUUGCUGGGUUGUGGGGUUUCUCCUGAUAAUUUUACUUUCCCUUCUGUAGUCAAGGCUUGUAGUGCUUUAAAUUAUGUAAGAUGUGGUACCUUGAUUCAUGAGUUAAUUAUGUUAAUGGGUUUUGAAGUUAAUGUUUUUAUCGGCAGUUCUUUGAUCAACUUGUAUGUAGAGAACGGGUAUACUAGUCUCGCUCGUAAUUUGUUUGAUAAAUUGCCAGUGAGGGAUUGUGUUUUGUGGAAUGUGAUGCUUAAUGGGUAUGUUAAAUUGGCGGAAUUAGAUAAAGCUAUAGAGAUUUUUGAGGAAAUGAGGAAAGGCGAAACAAAGCCAAAUGAGGUAACAUUUGCUGCUAUUUUGUCUGUUUGUGGUUCCGAUGGAAUGGUGAAUUUUGGUACUCAGCUUCAUGGCCUCGUUGUUAGCUGCGGCUUGGACUCGGAUUCUGUGGUGGCAAACACGCUUCUGUCCAUGUAUUCAAAAUGUGGUUGGUUGUCUGAUGGUCGUAAAUUGUUUGAUAUGAUACUUCAGGCUGAUUUAGUGUCUUGGAAUGGAAUGAUUUCGGGCUAUGUUCAAAAUGGUUUUAUGGAAGAUGCUUUAUGUUUGUUCAGUGAGAUGAUAUCUUCUGGAGUAAAACCUGACUCAAUCACCCUCUCAAGUUUUCUUCCAGCUGUUACUGGGUUGGGAAGUUUAAGAAAAGGUAGAGAAAUUCAUGGUUAUAUAUUAAGGCAUGGAAUCCCUUUGGAUGUUUUCUUAAAAAGUGCACUUGUUGAUGUAUACUUGAAAUGUAGGGCUGUGGACAUGGCACGGAACAUUUAUAACCAAAGCACCAAGUUUGAUAUUGUCAUGUGCACAGCUAUGAUUUCGGGGUACGUGCUUAAUGGGUUGAGCAAUGAUGCUUUAGAGGUUUUCAGGUGGCUACUUAAAGAGAAAAUUAGGCCGAAUGCUGUAACACUGGCAAGUGUUCUACCUGCUUGUACAGAUUUAGCUGCAAUACAAACGGGGAAGGAAUUGCAUGCUAGUAUCAUAAAAAAUGGGCUUGCUGAUAGAUGUCAUGUGGGAAGUGCUGUCAUAGACAUGUAUGCAAAGUGUGGAAGACUGGAUCUUGCUCAUCGUGUUUUCAGAAGGUUGACUGAAAGAGAUUCUGUUUGUUGGAACUCAAUGAUCACUAGCUGUUCCCAAAAUGGGAAACCGGAGGAGGCCAUUAAUCUCUUCCGUCAGAUGGGGAGGACUGGAACCAAGUAUGACUGUGUGAGCAUAUCAGCUGCUCUUUCUGCUAUUGCCAAUCUACCAGCACUUCAUUUUGGGAAAGAGAUCCAUGGGUUUAUGAUUAAAAAUUCACUCGUCUCUGAUCUAUUCGCUGAGAGUGCACUCAUUGAUAUGUAUGCAAAAUGUGGACACUUGGAUCUUGCUCAGCAUGUAUUUGACAUGAUGGAAUUGAAAAAUGAAGUUUCAUGGAAUAGUAUCAUUGCCGCAUAUGGAAACCAUGGCCACCUUAAAGAUUGUCUUGUCCUGUUCGACAAAAUGUUGAAGAAUAAAAUUCAGCCUGAUCAUGUUACUUUUCUAGCUAUAAUAUCUGCUUGUGGUCAUGCUGGUAAAGUUAAUGAUGGAGUUCAUCACUUCAAGAGCAUGGUUGAGGAAUAUGGAAUCCCACCUCGGAUGGAACAUUAUGCAUGCAUGGUAGAUUUGCUUGGACGUGCUGGUCGCUUGGAUGAGGCUUUUAAAGCAAUACAGAGCAUGCCAUUUUCUCCGGACGCUGGUGUUUGGGGUACAUUGCUUGGAGCCUGUCGAAGCCAAGGAAAUGUUGAGCUUGCUGAAGUGGCUUCAAGGCAUCUUUUUGAUUUGGACCCUCAAAAUUCUGGUUACUAUGUACUGCUGUCGAAUUUACUUGCUGAUGCUGGACACUGGAGGAGUGUGCUUAAGGUGCGGAGUUUGAUGAAGGAAAGAGGAGUUGAAAAAGUACCUGGGUACAGUUGGAUAGAGGUCAACAGCACGACCCAUAUGUUUGUUGCUGCAGAUGGAAGUCAUCCACAGUCCAAGCAUAUUUAUUCAUUGUUGAAGACUCUUCUUCUAGAGCUAAAAAGGGAAGGAUAUGUUCCUCAGCUUUAUCUUCGAAUGAACCCAAAGGAGAUAGUGUCAUGACUGCCACUUCCACCUUCGUGCUGACAACUACAUCACGGAUAAAAUUCUAGCCCGGUAACCAUGGGAUUCAACGGUCCAUUGGGAAUGUAAGGUUUUUGAGAUAUGCUUGCAUAGCUUUUAAUUUCGAUUUUGAAGGACAUAUCUUGCCAAAAUGAAUGUGAGGUAAUUUAAAUCAUCUUGGCAUCAAUAA